AUGAGUUUCAUUUCUGACCACUGGAUUCUCUUUGCAUCCGCGACUGCAACAAUCUUCAUUUGUAAGCUGAUUAUCGGCCUGAUAAAAAAAAUCCGUAAAGUGAGGCGGCUGACCAAUUUGUUUCCCUCAGCUCCAAGUCACUGGUUUACAGGACAUCUCCAUAAUGUAAGUUUUAAAAGAACUAGGUUACCAAUUAUCAUGAAAGCGAGUACGGGACGUAGGUAAGUACUAAAACAAGGAACGACCUAAAACCACCUAAAACCACCUACAACCAUCUACAACCACCUACAACCAUCUACAACCACCUCAAAAAUUUUAACAACCACCUACAACCACCUCAAAAACAUCUACAACCACUUGCAAACUAUCUAAAACCAUCUAAAACAAGGCAUAAAUGUCUAAAAUAAGGCGAAACGACAUGUCACGUACACGAAAUACUAGAAUCGAACGAAACCUCUACCUCCCCCUGAAAUCUUACUCUCCCUGGUCCAUGUAUAAUUAACCAUCUCACGAAAUGAAAUGCGAUAGCAUGCUAAUUAUUUUAUAUUCCAUCAGCAAAAGACUUAAAGAACUUUACAAAAUGAACUAACAAGUUACAAAAAAUAAUAAAUAGGGAAUAAUACAUGGGCGCGCGUAGAUAUGGAGUUAAUCUUCGAGUGUUUAACUCGAUAGCUCACGAGUGAGCGCAGUGAACGAGUGAGAUGUCGAGUUGAACACGAGAAGAGAAAUUCCAUAUCUACAAGCAACCAUGUAUUAUUUUGUUUAUCAUAUAAACACAAUAGCCCUUUUCUGGGAAGAAAAUCCGACCUCAUUUAUGAAUGUAAAUAAAUAAAUAGACAAUCCUCGAAUAACAAUCGUAGACUGCGUUGACGCUGACUCUUAAGAUGGAAAAUGCUUUGAAUCAUGAUUACAAAAACUUCCAUAUAUACGCGCGCCUAUGUAUGAUUGAUUAUAUAUUGUUUUAGUACUUACCCGAGGACGUAACAGACACUAUUGCACCGAGUCUAGAAGCUCUUUCUCUAGGGAAAUGAACUCAAGGUAUACUAAUCUCCCCAGGUAGUCUAGCAGCAUAGGCUCACUUCCAGUUCAUUAGAGUGUGUAUUGGUGUUAUUUUUUCUGAGACUUACAAGCGCAAAAGUGAACUCUUUACCUUUAAACACUUCUAUGUUUAAUGAUAAUAUACUGUAGUAUUGGACUGGAAAGACUUGACACUUCUAGUUCAAAUUCCCCCGCACAGCAAGGCAUUAGGUUCAAAUUUCUCGAUCUCCCCCAGCAUGGACCAAAGCCAAAUGUCCAUGGGGGUUGCUUUGGGAGGGGGAAGAUGUUGAAGCUUUGAAUUGAUCAGCUGACUACAAUUUAUAAUAGCCUAACCCUUUUAUAUGAGUUCCGCUGAUCCCAUUCUUAACCCUUUAUACUCUAGAAGCGACUAACAUCAAAUUUCUCCCUACAAUAUCAGCCCCAAAGAACACAUUGAGGCCAUGAGAAUAAUUGGAAAUGAUCAUCUACGAAAGAAGCUUUUGAUUGGUAAUCAAAUUCUCCUUGUCAGCACCUUAGGAAAUGUAUGAAGAGCAGUAUGGAGAAUAUGCAUACUGAUUUUAGGUUGUAAAGGGUUAAGUUUCACUCACAGGAGUGACCAAAGCUAAAUGAUUCUCUUUUUUUUAAGGUCAAAAAUCAUGAUGGUACAGCUCUUCAAUUCCAUGUAAGAUGUGCAACUGAGUUCAAAACAUGCUAUGUUAUGCGGAGGGGUCCUUUUAUGACAGGACUGGUAUUGUGUCAUCCAGAUACAAUCAGGGUUAUUCAGACUAGCAAUGCUCCAAAAGCACAUACAUACAAGUUUAUUAAGCCAUUGUUUGGUGAGUAUACCACAACUUUUGAUAGUAAAUAACAAGAACAUUAAUGUUGGAGUGUUGAGAGAGAUCUAAGAAUUUACUCUGGUUUUGCUCCAUUAAAGCAAUGGUGACUAUGAUUAGUCCAAAAACAUGGGGCACUUUCUUGACCAGUUAGAUGAAAGCUAUCUACUUCUUGUUCUGAUUAGCAGUCAUUGUGGAUACUUUAACUCACCAUUGGUUUCACAAUACAGUCAACUCUUUGGCAAGUGGAGAAUCUAAUAGGAAUUAGGAAAGUGCCUUUUACUAGGGCAGUGCCUGUCUACAAAAACUAUUCCCAUAAGUGAAUGCCAAAGAAAAAUAGGGUGGUCAUGUCUGCUUUUGGAAGAAUUAAUAAAUGUGUGUUAUGGUGGACUCUCAUUAAUGUCAAAUGAACAAACAGCAAGCUUUCUUGUGGACAAAUGGAAAAUUGACAAAACCAAUCCCUUUUGUAUGUUGCCCAGUCAAAGGUCAUGUUUUUGUAGAUUUGCAUAUUAAAGACAAACUCUGUUGCCAAGAGUCAAUUUUUAUGCAUGUAGCGUCUGGUGAGGAGAGAGCAUAAACUAAAGAAAAUCCAAUUUUUUACUUUCAAAAGUGUCCACUUCCACUUACUAGAGAGUGUACAUCUGAUUAUGGGAAUGUGUAAAAUCAGAGUUUGACUGAGAGGUAAAAGAGGGAAUUGAAAAAAUUGUUGAGAAGUUGAGCUCUCUGUUUACAAGAGUGUUUGAAAACUUGCAGAUUUGACUGUAUUCAAGUCUAAAAUACAGUGUUCUGACUAAUAAAUGUGGAUCAGUUUUCAUUUCUUUCUUUCUUUUUUUUUAAUCAAUGCCUUCCUCUAUUCACAGAGCUUUCUCUUUACACAAGUGUGAACUAUGUGGUCUAAUGGUUUAAGGUUGCUCGCAUGUAAAUGAUAUCUUGAGGAUGUACAGACCAUUGUACAAGUGUAAAUCAAAGAAAACUGCUUGCAGUGACUUUAUUAGCAUGCAUAUAAAUCCAAACUAGGAAAAGUACUCUAUUGCUGCCACUGUAAAUGUAGCAGCUAUGCAUUACAAUCCUCAAAUGAUUGAACUACCUUUAACUCCUAACUGAUGGGGUGUGAGGACCGCUCUAAGGAAUAUUGGCCUGAGGUUGUAGCAGAACAGAUUGAGCACACAGUUAGUACACACACUACCUAGAGAGCCAAUAUCCCCCUGUGCGGCUCAAGCAAGUGAAGUUAAACUAAGUAGUUUAUCAUGUGACACUCAGACCAAACUUGUUUAUUUUGAAUUUCCCAGCUUUCACAACCAACAAUACAUAAAUUUUGCCUGUUUCCAUGGGAAUGGUCUUUUAAUAAGAAAAAAAGUGACCAAGUAAAAACCAAUCAGAAUGCUGGGAUUUACCUCAGGACCAUCUUGCCACAUGAUUUAAGCACUCAUUAUUAGUAUGCACUAAUACUUCCUUGUCUUAAUUUGUGGGUCUUCCAUUUUGAUAGUGCUGUGGUAGCAUGAAAUGUUACUUUAUCUCUUGUAAUUUGAUCUUUGUCACCUAAGGGGAUGGACUGAUUGCUGCAAAUGGCAACAAGUGGUUUAGAAUGAGACGACUCCUCACUCCAGCUUUUCACUUUGAGAUACUCCGAUCAUAUGUUCAAAUUUUUCAGGAUUCUACAAACAUUCUUUUGGUAAGUACUUAAGAAAAUCUGCAAGUCCAUUUGGCAGGCUAGGUAAAUUUUUUGCAUUUAGUGCAUCAAACAUGUGGUUAUCUUGGGAAUACUGGGAAUUCAAUUACCCCCACCUUCUAAAUGAAUGUCGUAAUUCAAUUUACCCCUCAUAACACAACAAGUGUAUGUUGAUUGAACUAACUUAUCAUCUAUUAUGAUAAUCUUAAAAUAACUGUACAUGUGUCUGCAAUUAUUUGCAAGCUUUCAUACAGUUAUGUUCUGAUAUCUUAAAAAUAUGUAAGUGAGCAAUAAUAAGACUCCAUGUUGUUCCAGUUAGAUUCCAUCUGUUCAGUUAUAGAUCACAGAGGAUGUCAGGUGUGAUAAGAACACUUUUUUUGUUAUCUAUUACUGAACAAAUCCACCGUUACAUGGAAUUGAUUUACUUUGUAUGAUUAGAUGAAAAAGCAAAAUGGUGUUAAUGGUUGUGUCAUUUAUUUUUUCUCUCCUCCAACAUAACCAUAUGUAAUUAUAAAAGCCACUCUGAAGGCAUGUAUCAUUCAGCUCAUUAUCUAACAAUAGGUUGUAUUUUAUUUUUAUCUGAGGUUUAGAUAUUGGAUACAUAGCUUGUGCAUUUUACAGACUAUUUUAUUCACACUGGAUGCCCAAAAUUGUUAGCAUACUGUUUCAACACAAGAUCCCUAACACAUCAAAACAGUUGUUCCAGGCUGUAUCUUGACUUCAGUGUGGACUCUAGUAGUUAUCAUAUCACUGAUACUUUUAAGUUAACAGACUUUGUUACAAAUAAUACCAUUAUAUAUACAUAUCUAGUUACUGCCAUGUCACUGAAAGUUGCAAUUUCCAGGAUGUGCUUAAUUGUGCAAAGGCAUGGCUGCUGAUCUGCCCAUGUUGGGCAAAGUUUUUGACAAACAAUCACUCCAUGUAUUGUUGUCCUCUAGGAAAAUUGGUUGUCACAGGAGAGUGAUGAAGUUGAAUUAUUUCGCCACUUAAGCCUCAUGACUCUGGAUUCCAUUCUGAAAUGCACCCUUAGUUAUGAAACUGACUGUCAGACUCAAGAGUAAGUCUUCAAAUAAAUGAAUUGUUUUGUUACCCUUCAUCACCAAGUUAAAAGUGUCCUAUUUGAGGAAUUUAGAAACUAAGAAAAAAGGAAAAUUUGAGCUUGGUUGGUGGAUUAUAGAUUAAUAAGGAGGCUAUUAAUGACGAUAAUCUGAGGUCUUUCAUUUCUUCACAGAAAAGCUAAUCCCUAUAUCAGAGCAGUAUAUGAUGCAUCUGACGAGGUUCUCAACAGGUUGAUGUAAGCAGAUGAUUACCUUUGCCCAAAAUUUGAUUGGUCAACUUUGUAGAGUAGUUUGAUGUAUUAGAGUGCUGAAUGUUAAUAACAAUAAGGGAGGGGGGGAGCAUAAGGUAGUUUUAUUAAGCAAUAUUUAUGGUGGAGGGGGGUGGGGGAAAGCUCAGGAGAUUAUAAGACAGGGGAGGGAAGGGUCGAAAGUGAGAACUUUAUGAAGGGCUAGAAACAUAAGGGAAAUUCAAAAGUUAAUGGAUCUUGCAUUGGUAAUUAUCAUAAAUCUGAAUGCUUUGUUACAAAGGGGUUAAAUUAGUGGGAGGCCACAAACUAGCAGGAUAUUGAUAGGGAAAAUUCAGUGCAGCAAUCAAUGCCCAGUGCAGUGACUUUAGCCCUUUGUAUCAGUGCCCUCAAAGGCAUAAUAAAUUUAAUUUAAUUAUUAGAAAGUGAAACCAGUUUGGUUGCAAAGUAAAUCUGUGUCACAGCCUCAGCACUGGUGGCCUUUAAUAUUAAGUGGUUCUCCCCCACCAAUGCAGUACCACAGUUUCUUUCUGCAAACAGCUGUAUAUGAAUUACUGCUUUCCUAUAUACCCUUCUUCUUGACCCUGCACUACAUUUAGCAGGGAGAUGAUUUAUCAUUACUUUUACUUCUGUAGGAAUCCUUUAUUACAUUCAGACAUAAUUUAUAAAAUGACAGCUGGUGCAAAACGUUACUCUGAAGUAUGCACGGUUACCCAGGCCAAGGCAAAGGAGGUCAUUAGAGAAAGAAGAGCUGCUCUUCAAGAUAGUGUGAGUAUAUCAUAUUUGUUAACCCUUUAACUCCCAUAAGUGAUCAAGACAGAAUUUCUCCUUACAAUAUCAAUGCAAUACCAACCAGACAAGUGAUGAGAAUAAAUACAAAUAUCAAUCAGGGGAUUAUUAGCUGAUCCAAGGCCAAAAUUCUCUAAACUGACAUUAUAGGAUUUGUGUGGCAGACAGUAAGGAGAAUUACCAUUGAGAUCUUGGAGUAAGGUCUAAGUUUUGGCCGCUGGAAUAUAAAAAAAUAAUUCAAACACGUCUUUUGAAAAUCAUUGGUAUGUUACGUUUUCAUUUUUUGUCAUUUGAAUAAUACAUAAUUGUUUAAAGUUGGACAAAUCAGGCACAAUCUAUUUCCUUAUCUUUUAAGGUUGAGCAAGAGAAGUUAAAGGAAAAGCGAUACUUGGACUUUCUGGAUAUCCUUUUGGCAGCAAGGGUAAUGUUGUACUUAAGUUCUAUAAGAUCUGAAGCUUAAACUCUUUAAGAUCAUAUAACAUACCUCUUUCUGCUCGUUUUGAGAACUUGGCUUUUUGUAUGAACAAGGACUGAUCUACAUGAUGUUUACCUAAAGACUCCAAUUUGUCUCAAAAUUGCAAAGAGAAUUUAGUUAUGGAUCAGGCUAGGAAGUCUGAGUUAAUCAAACAAUAAUAAUCCUAUAAGACACAUGUCUUGAUUUUCUCGUUACUACUGUGUGUUGUGCAGCGCGGAUAUCUAAUGUUCCUAAUAGACUUGCAUGAAGACCAGAUGAAACACCUGCAUGUCGAUUUACUAAACCAACGACUUCGGCACGGCUUAUCUAAGCCAUAUGCAAGAAGCUUGCCAGACAUAGUAUGUAUAAGACUUUGGCUUGAAAAGGGAGUUAUCAAUCACACCACGCAUACUAUGCAAAGUAUGCUAUAAAAUAAUUUCUCUUCCCUAUUUCAGGACGAAAAGGGAAACGCUUUGACUGAGGAAGAAAUAACUUCAGAAGUUAUGACUUUCAUGUUUGCGGGACACGAUACCACUGCGAGUGGUAAGUAGUGAUAUCGAAACAAGUUGUUUAUAAUCACCAGAAAUGUAAGAACCAGUUUUGGAAAAAAAAUAUUGGACCGAGAUAGGAUCAGUGGGUAAUUGGUCCUUGCUGCUGGGUAGCCGCAUUUGAGAUCAACAAGGCGAAGCAAAAAGGAAUUCUGGCGUCCUUGAAAUACAAUGGGAAUUUUUUUUUCCCCGAAAGAAACUGUAUUGUAUAGUAAGUCAGUUGUUAACGUAAAUUGACCACCGUUCAGAGUUUGAAAGCUUACUUUUCGAGCGUUAGCCUUUGUUCAUUCGCUCUGACGAAGGGCCAACGCUCGAAACGUUAUGAUCAGUUUUGAAACUCUCUACGGUGGCAAAUUUACUUUAUCAACUCAGUUGAUAAAACCAAAUUAUCUUGUUAUACUUCCCCACCGACGCAGCACCCCCUUUAUGGUAUUGUAUAGUAGUCACAUCGUCUAGCAAAGUCACAGCUGGCUUCACUUUUGAAAUAUGAUUGAUUAACGAAGUGGCGCAAAUUAUUUGUGAACGAGUCAGGAUCAGCCUCUCUAUUUGGUAUAGUCUUUAAUCCUGUACGACUCCUCAUUAAAAAAAAAAUUAAUAAGUAAAUGAAGAGGUAACAAGGUAAAUUUGUAAAUGAUAUAGCACAUUGCUUUCCAAUCAGUGACUUGUAUAAAAAGGCCGCCUUUAGAGGCCGUCCAUUAUUUAUCGCCUUCAAGGUGGUGAAGGGGGUUGGGAGUUUGGUGGAGGACUUUGGUUGUGUUAUUAUAAAAUUUACCCUUUCCCCCCACAGUAGACUCUGUAAUUUUUUUAUUAUUCCUCCCUCCCCCCUCCCAUUAUGGGCAAUAAAGUAGCAGUAAAUUUUUCUAUACUUCUUCCUUUAUACCCCUGAAAAAACAUGUGAUCCCCAACAUUCUCCAUCCCCUUCCCCCACCCGUUAUAGGUAAUGAUUGGUCACGCGUUUCAAACUGUUUGUUAAUCAUCCUUUCUAGCUAUGUCGUGGACAUUAUACAAUUUAGCAAGAUUCCCUGAACACCAAGAAAAAUGUCGAGAAGAGAUAGAUGCAGUGCUUGGCAGUAAAGAGGAGUUUGAAUGGUGAUUAUUUUAUGUUGCUCGAACGUGCAUGUAGAGCGAGGAGAGAGAUCCCUGCGCCUCAGAAAGGACGCGCAGUGAUAGCUUCCUUCGUCCUUCGUGCUUCGCGCGCAGAAUUUCUCGUCAGCGUGUCUCUUUAAAUCACUUGCGUGCGGGUGAAACGCGCUCUGUCUUUCCCCACUGAUUAGAUACGUUCUGAUAGGUUGGUAGUGCGGUUAAUUCGCUCGUUCGUGGGCUCGGGUAUGCAUGUUAGCAGACAUAGAGAUUCAUGAAGGAUCUUUGAUUUGUGGUCGCUUAGUAAGAAAAAUUUUCAUCAGUGUCGAAAGUAAUCUAGGAUUGGUUUGUUUUAUCUUUACUUCACUCUGAUUGGUCCGGAAAAAUCGCGGCACUCUCUGAACCAAUCAGAUAAGAAACUAUUAGCAACUACGACUUGGUCACCCGUAUUUUCUUGCGCUUUAGCUAGUUUGGUCGUAUUGUAUUUCAGUUCUCUUUGGCUCUUAAAGGUUUUUCCUUUUCUUUUGAUUGGCCAAUGUGAUUACGACACUCAAUCGAAAAGCGCUCUAAUUGACAGGGAUUUCAAGGUCUGCAGAUGUGUUAGCGUUAGUGUUCCGCAGUGGUCUGUCAACAGUACAGAUCAGUAGAAACGAUACCAGAAACAUUUGCGAAGAAGACGAAAGGGAGAAGUUGAGUAGAGCUAUCCCAAAUUACAUGUAAUCUGAGGGUUGAGGAUAUAGCAAAACCACGCCAUGUUCGAUUUGAAUCCUUAUUCUUUACUUUAAUUUUCAUACUUGUGUCUUUUAGGAGCGAUCUCAAUAAAUUAAAUUACGUUCACUUGUGUAUCAAAGAAAGCAACAGAAUCUACCCUCCAGUGCCGAGGAUAGGUCGCUUGUUGGACAAACCGUAUGAGAUUGAAGGAAAACUACUUCCUGAGGGUAUGUUGUAUUUUCGAUUUUAAUGAAAAUCACCUAAACAGCAACAUUUAACCAGGUCGAGUAGGAGGGUCUUUGCAUUUUUAACUUUCCUCAACUUUUUCUUAUUUUUCAUUGCAUGAAACAAACUGAUUUCAUUUAGUCAUAUUUCUGUCCAGUUCAAGAUUGUGCAAGUCGCACGUGAUAAGAAUAUCAAUGACACCACUCGCUAAAGGCUCGUUCAACUCGAUUGCUCACGAGUGAGUGCAGCGAACAAGUGAUAUGUCGAGUUGAACACUGAAAGAGAAGUUCCAUAUUUACGAUCAACCAUGGCUUUUUUUGUUUAUCAUAUAAACACAAUAGUCCUUUACUGACCAGUCGUAACAAGUUUGUCUCGUGGAGCUAACCAGGUUACAAAAUAAAAUCAAUCUCACGUAAGACUGUGAUUUUGGUUUGGUAAAGAGAUACAAAGUGGAAGGAAAGUUAAAGCUUUUCUUUUGUAGGCAGUUUAUCGUAACUGCUCUCCGAGUCCCGCUUUUUGUUUAGUUUGUCUUUCUGCUCGCUUUUUUUUUUGUUUUUGUUUUUGUUUUUUUUUUUUUCAGGAACAUGGGUUACUACUCACAUAUUUGCCUUGCAUCGUAAUCCGCACGUAUGGUCAGAUCCCGAGGUAGUUUGAAUUAUCACGCUUUCUCUCUUAACGAAGCUAAGACAGAACGUUCACUUGAAUGAUUUGUUUUAGAAUGAAACAGAAGUCUCUUUCUCUAGACCUUCGCUUCGCACUUGGGAAGUACCAUUCCGUUACUUUUUAAUUCCGUUGUAGAUCCAGAUCCAAGUCACUGUAGAAUCGAAAUGUGUUCCUGAUCUUGAUAACAGUCUAGCAUUUUCCUAUGCACGUAUUGCCUAUGGUUAACUGAAUUUGUUUAGUUAAGAAAAUUGUCACACUAAAUCAAUGUCUGGAAAGGUUUUUUAAUUGUAUUAAUUAUUUCUUUUAAUUAUUUUUUUUUUUCAGAAAUUUGACCCUCUUCGUUUCACAACUGAAAACAUAGAAAAGAUGUCACCCUAUGCGCACGUUCCUUUCUCUGCUGGGCCGAGGUAACCAUUUGAAUUGUUUUAUAGUUUGUUCUGAUAAUAAAGAACAAUUGGGUGAAGUUGAGUAUGACAUCAUGAAUUAUCAAACCGAAAUCUAAGUUAUUUGCCGAAGCUGAAGGCUAAGGCACAAAACACAGAUACGCGGUUUGAUAAUAUAAAAUAACGGUUUUGAUAAUUCAUGAUGUUACAGUCAACUUAAUCCAGUAAUUUCUUAUAGAUUGCAUGCUCUCCACCCAUCAGAUUUUUCCUAGUAAGUCAUAAUGUAUAAUGAUGGUCAUGUUUGGUGGUUAAUUCAUGAAUUUAUUUGGGGCAAAAUGAUUAUUUUAGCAUCUUGCCUUUAAGCAUUUUGGCGUACUUCGCCUUGUAAGAGGAAUUCUUCGACAGUAUCUGAUAUUUAGGAAAGUCAAAGUAACUGUUCAUGACAAAAUUAAAACUAAAAUCAGAGUCGAUGCAGGAAUUAAGAACCAAAAUAGGUGGGAUAAGGUUAAGCCACAACAAAAAUGACAGAGACAAAGAGUAAAAAUAAAAGAUUGAAUCUACCCAAAUACUAGGUUGGCUAAUCAAGUUGGGUGGAAACAAUUGCUUCAUAACCCUUUGACCCCUUAAGAGUGACUUGCAGCUAAUUUCUCCUGAUAGGAUCACUAAUGAAUCAGAUAUUAAUCGCAUUAGGUCACGAGAGUAAAAUAAAUGAUUGCCAAGUAAAGGAGCUCUUGUUAGUAUUAUAAGAAAUAAAUAUAGAAUAGCAUGCAGAAUAUGAAUACUCAUGUUAGGAUGUAAAGGGCUAAAUAGAAAUACUGCUUCACCACAAAGCUCGUAAAAGUUUUUCACUGUGACAUGUUCACGUGUGACAUGCUUCUGGCAUCCAUCCGCAUUGUUUCUACAGGAACUGCAUUGGACAAAGUUUUGCUCUGGCUGAGCUGAAAACUACAGUAGCAAUGAUCCUACGAAAGUAAGUGAGCUCACAUAAUACUGACUAAUAAUGAUAUGAUUUGGAUUUAGACUACCAUGCUUUGCGAUUUGCGAACAGACGCACUCGUGGCGUCCUGGUAGCUAAUCAGAUGUAAUUAUAGACCUGCUGGUAAUGUGAUCAUAUACUUUUCGUCAUGCGUGUGCGAACGACCUGUGUGCCCGUACGUUAGCGCGCCUCGACGUGCAUUUGAGUGUAUGGGAUGCGAACAGUUGCAUUCACAAAUUGUUGCAAUUUUUUUUGGUUCAUAUUAUUAUUUUUUUCUUAAUACAGGUUUGAACUUAGUGUUACCCCGCAGAACAUCAUACAAGAUUACAAAGAUCUUCAGCCUCACUUGAUCCUGCGAGCAAAAAAUGGCAUCGUUGUGAACAUUUCACCAAGAAGUAACUCAUGAUAAAGAAAAAAUGUUGACCAAACUUGAUAACAUUUCUAAAUGAUUUUAAUACACUUCUUUCAAAGCAAAACCAAAAGCAUAUUUUUGAAAGUUUGUUCAACCUGAAACAAGUCAUCCAAAUUGUAUUUCCUGUAGUUCCUUUACUGUCUCUGUUUAUCUAGUUUUCUGUCCGAAUUAGAAGGAAGAUAACGACGAACCAGGUAAGGAAGAGUGAAAUACGUUUUUUUAUGGUGAACUUCGUAGAAAUAUAUGACAUAAGCGUGAUCCUCUUAAUAAAAAUUUUUUUCUGAUUAAUUUGAAAACACUUCUGUCAAGGCAAACCA